AUGGGGAAAUUAGGGCGGGCUUUAAGGAAGAGGGUGUGGGCGGGAAGACAAUGGAGGGAAGCGUCGGCUGAGGAGAGAGAAAAUAAAAAUAUCGGUGUUUUCAAAAAUGAGUGGCAUGAAAUUGAAGUGGUUGAUAUCACAAAAGUGGAGGAACAGGCUAGACAGUUGGAGAAAGAUUUGGUUGAGAAGACAAAGACUAGGAUUGAGACCGCUGAGAUCAUAUUGGUUGCAGCCAGAAAAAUGAAGGAAGCCCCUAAAGCCUUUGAAGUUGUUGCUCUUGUAGAGAUUAAUGCCCUAUCAAACAGUGAGAGCUCCUCUGCAGUUCUUCUGCAAAAGCCUGAUGUUGAUGAAGCUAAUGUGUCAAAAGCAAAGAUCUUAAGGCGGGUAGAGGAAACUACGGACAAAGUCAAAAUUAGCAAGAAGACAUUUGAAGAAGCUCUGAGCAGAGUAGAGGCUGCAAAUAGAGGGAAGUUGGCAGUUGAAAAGGCUCUGCGCAAGUGGCAAUCUGAGCAUGGUGUACAUAACUCUACCAAGUUCAAGAAUUCCUACCCACCUCACCUCCAUAAAGAUUCUCGUGUCUUAGAUGCAAAUGGAUUGAAUCUGGUUAAUGAUGAGUCAAAGCCAAUUUUGAGGUCAACUCUAUCGAUAGGGCAAAUAAUGAGCAGAAAGCUGUUGUUAACAAAAGAAUAUGAGAAUGGGAUGCAAACAGAAAAAAGCAAUGGGAAGCCUAAGGUGUCAUUGGGUCAAAUGCUUAGUAAACCCAGUGGUGAUCUCCAUGCUAUUACUCUAAAGGGUGAAAAGGAUGGUGGUCACAAGCAACUCCUCACAAAGAGAAAGAAGUUUGGGUUUGCUCAAAUCUUGCUCCUUGUGACAAAGCAAGGUAAGAAAAAGAAGAAACAAACUGCGAGUUUAAGAUGCUAUAGUGGUUAA